AUGAGGAAGGUAGCGCUGGUGGGAUUGGUUUGGAUCAGCCUUUUGGUGCAAGUGACCUACGGUGCUCAGGGACAUUAUGCCCGCAAACUCCUGGCUGACCUGAUGGAGGACUACUCCAACGCUCUAAGGCCAGUGGACGACACGGACAAAGCCCUCAAUGUGUCACUGCAGAUCACCUUGUCACAGAUCAAAGAUAUGGAUGAAAGGAACCAGGUGCUGACCACGUACCUGUGGAUCAGGCUCGUCUGGCAUGAUGCCUACCUGAAGUGGGACAAGGAGGAUUACGACGACCUUGAGAUGAUCAACAUUCCCAGCGACCUGGUUUGGAAGCCCGACAUCGUCCUCUACAACAAGGCAGACGAGGAGGCAGGCGCAUCCAGCACUAAUGUGAAGCUGCGUUAUAACGGUGAGAUCGUCUGGGACUCUCCAGCGAUCACAAAGAGCACGUGUGUGGUGGACGUCUCCUACUUCCCCUUUGACUGGCAGCAGUGCAAGCUCACCUUCGGCUCCUGGACCUACAAUGGCAACCAGGUGGACAUCAGUUUGGGGAUGGACAGUGGUGACCUGUCUGACUUCGUGGAGAACGUGGAGUGGGAGUGUCACGGCAUGCCGGCAGUCAGAACCGUCAUGAUGUACGGCUGCUGCUCCGACCCUUACACCGAGAUCACCUACACUCUUCUCCUGAAGCGCCGCUCCUCCUUUUACAUCUUCAACCUGCUGCUGCCCUGCUUCCUCAUCUCAUUCCUGGCCCCCCUGGGCUUUUACCUGCCGGCCGACUCAGGGGAGAAGGUUUCCCUGGGGGUCACGGUGCUGCUGGCGCUUACCGUGUUCCAGCUAUUGGUGGCAGAGAGCAUGCCACCUGCAGAGAGCAUGCCCUACAUAGGGAAGUACUACAUAGCCACCAUGACUAUGAUCACAGCCUCCACGUCUCUCACCAUCUUCAUCAUGAACAUUCAUUUCUGUGGCGCCGAGGCCAAGCCGGUCCCUCACUGGGCCAAGGUGCUCAUCAUAGACUACAUGUCCAAGAUCUGCUUCGUCUACGAGGUGGGUGAGAACUGCACCACGCCGGAGAGCGAGAAGACCCCGCUGUACCCAGAGGAACCCGCGAACGACGGCGCCGGCUUCCACCAUGACCACUGCCACAACUACCACCACGACAACGACCCGUACAAGUACAGCAAUGGCCACGGCGUGCAACCUCACGGCAAGCAUCACAAAAGCCAGGUGAACGGCAACGCCAACAAUAGCCGCCACCAGUACAACCACAACAGCAACCGCGUCUCCAAGUUGGAGCGGGGCGAGGGGAAGCGUGAGCCCGCACAGCGCUACCACCACAUCGGGAGGGACGAGCUGGACUACCAGGUCCCUCACCAUCCACGAAACCUCCAGCACCUGAACGGAGGGCCAAAGGAGCCGCUCCUAUACCCCAUGGAGAAACUUCAAAUCCCGGACUGCCCCUGCUGCUGCCCCUGCCCCCAGCAUAAACAGGUGGUGAAGAACAUCCAGUACAUCGCCAACUGCUUCCGCGAGCAGAGGGCCACUUGUGUCAAGGCCGCACAGUGGAAGAAGGUGGCCAAGGUGAUGGAUAGGUUUUUCAUGUGGAUAUUCUUCAUCAUGGUCUUCCUCAUGAGCAUCCUCAUCAUCGCCAAGGCAUCCUGACAUCCUCCGUCCUCAACGUUUUUUGAAAUCCGAUAACUUUCUGCGCCACUCAAGAGUCAUCGUCAUUUUUAAUCUAAUGCAAAACCAGAUUACUGUUUUAU